AUGGACGAGGAAUUUGAGGUGGUUUUUCACCAUGGAGGUAAAUUCAUAAGUGAUGGGAAGUUGCGGUACGAAUAUGGGGAAACCACUAGGUUAUCAUUUGACCCAGACUGCUGGAGUUAUUUUGUUGUUUUAAGCGUGAUAAAAGGGAUGGGGUAUGUUGGAGAAAAUAAGUUGUGGUUCUCAGUUGGAGGUUCUUUAACAUUGGAUGACAGAUUGCAGCUUCUGUGUGAUGACAGUGGUGCGUUGCUUAUGGUUAAUAUCGCUAGACUGAAUGAUGAAGUGCAUUUAUUUGUGGAACACUCAUUGUCUGAACCCCAAGUCAUUGAAAUGUUGGAGUAUUAUCCGGAUGAACCUGAGACACAGGACGAGGGUGAACCUCAGGCUGAGAAUCAGGAGGAGGGUGAACCUCAGGCUGAGAAUCAGGAGGAGGGUGAACCUCAGGCUGAGAAUCAGAGUGUUCCUGUUGCAUGUCAAGGUGAAUGUGAUGUUGAGAUAAGGGAAGUGGGAACUGAGGCUGAUAUUGGAGGUGUUUUAAGUGAAGGUGAGGGUGAGAUCAGGGAUGAUGGAGUGCAGUGUCAAGUUGAAGGUGAUGGUGAGAUGAGGGAGGAUGGAGUUCACUGUGAAGGUGAAGGUGAUGGUGAGUUAAGGUACCAGCAAAAGGGGCUGCUACCAGCCAUACAAGAACUUCUGCCUGGAGUUGAUCAACGUUUCUGUGUAAGGCACUUGUAUGCCAAUUUCAGAAAGAAAUUUCCAGCCAAAAGUCUGAGACGUCUAAUGUGGAGAGCAGCUGCAGCCACACACCCACAAGCAUGGGAAAGGGAGAUGAGGAAUAUAAGAGAUGUGAAUGAAGAUGCAUUUAAGCAUCUGAUUGCAAUCCCACCCAGAUAUUGGUCGAGAUCUAGAUUUACCUCAAAGGCUCAAUCUGAUACUUUGGUUAACAAUAUGUCUGAGGCCUUCAAUAGUGUAUUGCUGCAUACAAGGACUAAGCCUGUGAUAAGCAUGUUGGAGGAUAUUCGGGUAUACUUGAUGAGAAGGUGGGCAAAAAACAGAAUGAAGAUACAAUCAAUAUCAGGAUCCAUUUGUCCCAGAAUUAUGAGCAGAUUUGAAAAGGAGUCAGAAUUAACAAAGUAUUGGAUUCCUAGCUGGUCAGCAGAGAAAUUAUUUGAAGUUAGGCAUGUGUCGCAGUUAGGGGAGAGGUUCGUUGUCAAUAUAGAUGAACAAUCCUGCACAUGUAGGAAAUGGACCAUAUCUGGUAUUCCAUGCUGUCAUUCACUGUGUGCAAUGAAGUUUCUAAACCUCAAUGGAGAAGACUUCAUCCCAGCAGUCUUUAGGAAGUCCACUUAUGAAGAGAUAUACACUUCAAUUAUAUUUCCCAUCAAUGGCCAGAGUUUGUGGGAGAAAACUCCAUACGCUGAUGUCUUGCCCCCCUCGAAGAGAAUUUUACCAGGCAGACCGAAGAAAAAAAGAAGAUUGGAGCAAUGGGAGAUUAGAAGAGAUGAGACAAGACUGAGAAAAGGUGGUUUACGUAAAACAUGUCGUCUCUGUAACCAAAUUGGGCACAACAGAAGGGCUUGUCCAAAAGCUAUUGAAAUUCAUAUGGCUCAAUUAAGGGAAGCCCAGCAGCCAACUAAUCCACCACAAGCAUCCCAGCAACCAACAACAACACAAGCAACCCAGCAACCAACUCCAACACAAGCAUCCCAGCCACUUCCACCUGAAGCAUCUCAGCAGCCACCUCCCCCUCAAGCAUCUCAGCAGCCACCUCCACCUCAACCAUCCCAGCAGCCACCUCCACCUCAACCAACUCACCACCCACCUCCAGCUCAACCAUGUCAGCAGCCACCUCCACCACAACCAUCACACCAGCCAUCACGAGGUGCAUUAAAUGCCAGAGUGAAACUGAAUGCUAGAAGGGGUCGAAUGGCAUGA